AUGCUUCGGCGCACAAUUAAGCGACGGACAUUCAGCGACGGGCUUAGGAAUCGCCGCUUGGGCCUAUUGCAAAUCGUCGGCCCUCGCGACGGGGCGGGUCACGGCGAUUUGUCGGGGCCCCGGGCCCGGAGGGACACCGGGCGCGUUUUACGCGCACCCGCUAAUGGACUUGUGCACGCGAUGGUCCGCGACCUUCAGUCCGCCAGUUGGCUUAUAGCGCCGGUAAUGGGCGUGAUAGAUUGGACGCGUCGC